AUGUCUUCUCUAUUGUGCCUGUCUCGAUUUAUGCCUCUAUCCUGCGCUUUUUUGAUCACCCUGACCAGUUUUAGUAUGCUGCACUCUCCUGUUCUCAGAUCCUUCUUCCCUCCAUCCAUACUUAUGUCUCCCACAUCAGUGUUUGCAUCAGUGUAACUUUUCUUGCUAGUUUCUUUUUCCUCGGGGACCGAUCAACGGAUACAAGAGAUGACUACUCCAUCUCGAUGGAAUUCCAACGGCAGAAAUUUCCUCCUG